CGGUACCUCAAUUCUCUUCUUCUAAAUCCGCCAUCCUCAAAAUCUCUGACAAGAUGUUCCUCCCAGUCUCACUCCUCGCACUCACUCUCUCCGCCAUUCCUCUUGCGAGCGCGACGCCAACUCCAAUCCACCGUCGCUCGAAUUGCACGAAUCCUACUGUUCGGAAAGAAUGGCGCACACUGUCUCGAGAUGAGCAAAUAAGUUAUGUGAAUGCAGUUAAUUGUUUAACGACCAAGCCUUCGAGGAUUGGAUUGUCAUCUCCGCUCUAUGAUGACUUUCCAUAUGUUCAUAAUCAAUUAAAUAACGACAUUCACUCUGUUGCUUCUUUCCUCCCAUGGCACAGAUAUUUCGUACACGUCUACGAAACAGCCUUGAAAGAAUGCGGCUACACCGGCAGUGCAACCUACUGGGACUGGACACUCGACUCCCUCUCCCCCUCCACCUCCCCCAUCUGGGACGCCACCACCGGCUUCGGCGGCAACGGCUCUCCCAACGUAACCGAACCAGGGGAAUACAGUCCCCAAAAAUGCGUCGCCGACGGCCCAUUCAGCAAGCUCCGCCCAACAUACAUCACAAACAGCUAUACCCCGCAUUGUCUGACUCGGAACUGGAACAACGGGACGUCGCUGCCGGGGAGGAUGUUGGGAGAGUAUUACUCGCCGGAGGUUGUGGAUGGGGCGCAGGCGCUGGGGACGUAUACCGAGUAUAGGUAUGAGCUUGAGGGGACGCCGCAUGGGGCGAUUCAUGCGGCUGUUGGGGGCGAUUUGGGUCCGAGUACUUCGCCGAAUGAGCCCAUCUUCUUCCUCCACCACGCCCAAGUCGACAGACUAUGGUAUCUCUGGCAACAAAAAGACCCAGCGAAGCGGAACAGCGAGUACAGUGGCAUCAGAACGCAAGACCACUUCGAUGGCGUUACACCGCCGGAAGCGGAAUUGGAGGAUUGGCUGCCGAUGAGGGGACUUGCGAGGGAUUUCCAGGUUAAGGACUUAAUGACGACGGAGAGUGAGUUGUUGUGUUAUACUUACUAGAUUGACCUGGCAGUUGAGAAUUAGGAAGAGCUAUUAGUAUGACGCUCUAGAAAUCUGUAUUGAUAAUCUUUACCGACUCAUGUCAUUACAAAACGAUUAGAUGUGAUAUACGGUGGUCUGGAGAGGGAAGAAUUUCGUCGUAUCCCAAAAAUAGAUUCCGUCAGGACAGAAAACCUCCCAAGCCUGUUACCGGAGACUCGAAAAAAAGCGAGAAGUAAAGAAUCCCAGCUAUCACAAAUGCAUCAUAAACUGCAACACAUACC